ACAGCAUUCUUCAGCCCACAGGACUGCGUCAACUUUCUACGUUUCACGCAAUCGCAAAUAUGCUGAUGCUGGAUGUGCUGUUGAUCCCCGCGUUCAUCCGAACUGACUGUGGGUUCGUGGUAAGCGAACGUGAGGCUCUGUGCGUGCUCCUGUAUCGGCUCGCUUUUCCAUGCCGCCUGAAGGACAUGCGCUUGGUUUUCGGGAUGAGCGAAUCGUGUAUCUGCGAAGCCUUCAACUGGAUGUUGCAUUUUCUAGAGUUGAGGUGGGAGUAUCUGCUGCCCCUCGACGUGGAACGCCUGCAGCCGCACCUGAUCGAGUUUGCGGAAGCAAUAUACAUGAUUCCCACGUGUGUCCCCCUUCUGAUAUGCCCGUUCAAGGUGUAUGCGAACGUGGCGGAGCAGCAGUGGAGCAAGAGGUUGGAGUCAGUUCGCAAGGACAUCGAGUGCUUGUUCGGACGACUCAAGGGGCGGUUCAGGCUCUUCAAGACCGGGAUUUUGUUCGGCGACCGGACAAAGAUCGACGACGCAUGUUUCACCGCUUGCAUCAUCCACAACAUGCUCCUCGCGUUUGAUGGGUUGGAUCAGCUGGAGAUAGAAACCGCCGGUGCUUUUGGCCUGAGGUUUGGGAAAGAGCAAGAGUUGGCGAAGCGGUGUAGAACGCGCAUGCAUGCGGUGGGAGGGGGGGGAGAGCGCCGGGAGAGGUUUGAGAACAAUUAG